AUGCGUUCUUUUUCAUGGUUACGUCUUUUCUUUCUUUCACGUCAUAGAAAUCAGCUAUGGCGUUUUAUUCCAUUGUUCAAUAAACGUACUACGUUUCUAACUCAAAUUCAACGUCGCAUUCCUCUUUCAACUUUACCAUUAUGGUUAAUGGUUCGUGCAACAACUCAAAUUGAAGAUUCUAAUGAAUCAAAUCGACCAAAAAAUCUUGCAAAUAUUGUUGAACAAUUAGAUACAAUGUUUGAUAAAGAAGAAUUUCAAAAAGCAUAUGAAUAUAUUGAAAAAAAUAAAACAAAUGAAUUAUUUCAAAGUCAUUAUAUUCAAUGGCGUAUAGCUCGAAUUUUUUAUAAACUUUCAUUAAUAACACAAGAUAAAAAAUUAAAAAGAAAAUUAGUUGAAGAAGGUUUUGAACAAGUUAAAUUAGCUCUUAUUCAUGGAAAUCAUAUUUAUUCUGUUCAUAAAUGGUAUGGGAUUUUACUUAAUGAAAAAAGUCAAUAUACAAGUACAGAUGAACAAAUUCGUAAUGCAUAUGAAGUACUUGAUCAUUUUGAAGAAGCUGUUCGUUUAAAUCCACAAGAUCCAACAUCAUAUUAUCUUUUAGGUUCAUGGUAUUGGGAAAUAGCACAAUUAUCUGGUUGGAAACGACGUAUAGCAAAAUUAAUUUAUGGUGAAUUACCUAAAGGAACAGUUCAUGAUGCUUUAAAAAAAUUUCUUUUAGCUGAAGAAAUUUCACCAAAUUUUUAUAGUAAAAAUUUAUUAAUGAUUAUUAAAUGUUAUAUUGAACUUAAUUCACGUCCAGCUGCAAUGGAAUUUGCAAAAAUAUUAUUAAAUCGUGAAAGAAAAACACAAGAAGAUGAAGAAGUUCAUCAAGAAUUACUUAAAAUUAUUCCACGUAUUGAACGUCUUUUACCAUUUCCACAACAAGGAAGUUUUAGUAAACAUAUUUAA